UUCGAGGAUCACUCAGCGAUUCCCUCCGUUUUGCUGCUACUGUACUUGCAAAAUAGUGCGCCCUACUGUCUGCAUUGCGCAUGACUGUACGUCGUAAUAUGAAGUAGGCCUCCUGUUUUUCUCCCCAACCCAGAGUCCUCCUGGCCCCCACCGCCUCGAUGCAACGCUCAAGUAAGCAAAACACGGAGAGUGCCGUCGAUCAUCCGUAAAGGAGAGGCGUGACCUGCACAUAAGGAUUUGUCAGUACCUGGAAAGCCGGGUCUUGAAACAGCUCGUUUGGCAGACAAAACACAUUCCACAAAGUUCAACUGACCACCAUGUCUUUCCCGUGGUCUGGUGCCCUCCCGUGACCUCAAUGACCUCAACACCACUUUUGACCCUCAAGUCAGCGUUGACCCCACACCCUUUCUACAACCCCUGAGAGAAGACCUGAACCGAGCGUGUGCAUAAGCUGCAGUGGGGUGGUCUUCCAAAUGCCUACCUCACGCCUAAAGAACAAAUCACUGCAGCCACAGCCCUGAUCAGCAGCCACCAUGACAUCAAGCAUAGGGGAUGAUUGUAGCAUCUUUGAUGGGUUGAUGGAAGAAGAUGAAAAGGACAAAGCAAAACGUGUGUCCCGUAACAAGUCGGAGAAGAAGCGGAGAGACCAGUUCAAUGUCCUCAUCAAGGAACUCGGCACGAUGCUGCCGGGCAACACCAGGAAGAUGGACAAGUCCACCAUCCUGCAGAAGAGCAUUGACUUCCUGUGUAAACACAAAGAAAUUGCGGCCCAGUCGGAGUCGAGUGAAAUCCGGCAGGACUGGAAGCCUCCGUUUCUUAGCAAUGAGGAAUUCACUCAGCUCAUGCUGGAGGCUCUGGACGGCUUCUUUAUAGCAAUAAUGACCGAUGGGAACAUCCUCUAUGUUUCUGAGAGUGUCACUUCUCUACUAGAACACCUGCCAGCGGACUUGGUGGACCAGAACUUGUUAAACUUCCUGCCCAUUGGGGAACACUCCGAGGUGUAUAAGGCUCUGUCCACACACCCCUCCGACUCGGAGAGCCUUAGCACUGAUUACCUGAAGACAAAAAAUCACAUGGAGUUCUGCUGUCAUAUGCUGCGAGGGGCCAUCGACCCUAAAGAGUCUCCCGUCUAUGAAUAUGUUAAAUUCAUCGGCAACUUCAAGUCUCUUAACAACGUUCCCAACGUGACGAGGAACGGCCUGGCAGGGGUGCUCCAGCGGUCGCUACAACCUGCCUUCGAUGACCAGGUGUGCUUCGUAGCCACCGUCCGUCUGGCCAAGCCUCAGUUUAUCAAGGAAAUGUGUACGGUGGAGGAGCCCAAUGAAGAAUUCACCUCUAGGCACAGUUUAGAAUGGAAGUUCCUCUUCUUAGACCAUCGAGCACCGCCAAUCAUAGGCUACCUGCCUUUUGAGGUUCUGGGAACGUCAGGGUACGAUUAUUACCACGUGGAUGACCUCGAGACGCUAGCCAAAUGCCACGAACACUUGAUGCAGUACGGUAAAGGGAAGUCAUGCUACUACCGUUUCCUAACUAAAGGUCAACAGUGGAUCUGGUUGCAGACACAGUACUACAUCACCUACCAUCAGUGGAACUCACGACCCGAGUUCAUUGUCUGCACACACACAGUGGUCAGCUAUGCAGAGGUGAGGGCAGAACAGCGCCGAGAGCUGGGCAUCGAGGAGUCUAAUCCAGAGGUUACUGCUGACAAGAGCCAGGACUCUGGCUCGGAGUCACAGCUGAACACGUCCAGCCUGAAAGAAGCUCUGGAGCGAUUUGACCGCAGUCGAACCCCCUCAACAUCCUCACGAAGUUCUCGCAAGUCCUCUUCACAUGUUUCUGACAACACCUGCACUUCAACAGCUUCCAAGCUGCACAUGGACACGGCCACGCCGCCCCGACAGUCGCUGGCCUCGACCAUGGAGAUGACGUCGCAGCGUCGCUCGUCCAUCAGCAGCCAGUCGAUGAGCUCCCAGACCACAGGACAGAGUGUGACUCCAGGCAUGAUCACUCAGCAGCAGCCACAGCAAGCACAGCAGCUCCAGACGAAUGUACAGCCGGUGAUGGAGUUCUCAGCCCAGGUGAAUGCAAUGCAGCACCUAAAGGAGCAGCUAGAGCAGAGGACCAGAAUGAUCCAGGCCAACAUCCAGCGGCAGCAGGAGGAGCUCAGGCACAUCCAGGAGCAGCUGCAGAGAGUCCAGGGACAGGGCAUCCAGAUGUUGCUGCAGCAGCAGGGUGGAGCGAUGAACGUGCAGCUCCCUCAGGUUGGGUCGGUCCAGCAAACGAACGCGCUGACCAACCAGGUCCAGCAAACCACCAUCAACCCCGUCCAUUCAGGAAGCCAGCAGCUGACCAUCCAGCAGCAGGCUCCUCCCCCUCAGCAGAGUUUACAGCAGCAGACCAACACCCUCACUCAGCCCCAGCGUCAGCCCCAGCAGCCUGCUCAGGCUCAGCCUCAAGCACAGGGCUCGGUAUCCGGUCCACUCUACAACAUGAUGAUUUCUCAGCCUGGUCAGCCGAACGUGCUUCAGAUCAGCACCAGCCUGCCACAGAACAACACACCGCAAGGCACAGCAGUGGCAACCUUCACACAGGACCGUCAGAUCCGAUUCCCAGCAGGGCAGCAGCUAGUAACCAAGCUGGUGACGGCCCCCAUGCACGCAUGUGGAGCCGUCAUGGUGCCUACGUCGAUGUUCAUGGGGCAGGUGGUCACUGCGUACAACCCCUUCGGUGGCCAACAGCAGGGAGGGCAGACACAGACUCUGACUCUGCAAGCCGCCCAGCCUCCCCAGGGCCAGGCAGACGGCCAGAACCCCACUGCUGUGGUGGCGCAGGGCGGCCAGCAGGGGCAGCAGCAGCAGCAACAAUUCCUCCAGGGCACUCGCCUUCUCCAUAACAACCAGUCUACCCAGCUGAUUCUGCAGGCAGCUUUCCCACUCCAACAACAGGGCACUUUCACGCAGGCAGCGCAUCCACAGCAACAACAGCAACAACAACAACAACAACAACAACAACAGCAGCAGCAGCAGCAGCAGCAGCAGCAGCAACAACAACAGCAGCAGCAGCAACAACAGCAACGGCAACAACAACAACAACAGCAGCAGCAACAGCAACAAUCUCACCACCAGAGGCACCAGCAGCAGCUGAAACCACAGCCCCAGAAACAGCAGAAAGCCUCGGCGUCGCACAGGACUGACAGUGUGAGCAGCCAGCCGCAGUGAAGCCAGCAGGAGAAGGCGAUGAGUGAGAAAACCCGAGUGGGGGGGAGUGGGGGGGGGGGGGGGGGGGGUGAGGGUUCUAAAAACUCUUGCGGAGGCUUGUUCGCUCGUGUGGCCGUCACAAACUCCCUCCUUGCCCCAGAACCGCUGCCCUCGUUCCUCCGUCUGAAAGAAGUGAAGCAUAGGAAAGAGGAAAAGUCUGUGAGCCCACCAGGAACUCACCAAAGAUUGUUACCAUGGCAACAGGAUGGAUUAAAAUCCCCGUGGCGGGGGCGCUCCGGUCUCCGUGGAAACCUGGAAGAGAAACAGGCUGUUGCCCGGAUAACAAUGGACUGUUUUUUGUUUGUUUUUUUUUUUUUUUGAAGGUGUGUCAAAGUGGACUGACCUUGUACAGAUUUACUGUAUGAUAAAGAAAAACACAACAUGUAAAUAUCCAGCAUAGCCUAACAGAAAACAGAAAUGUAGUAUUUUAUAUGAUUGCAUGGAAAGAAGAACUGUGUAAGCUUUUAUUAGUUGCUUUUGAAAAUUGAAUUUUUACUUUGUUCCAAGUGUUCUCCGGUCAAAGGUGGUGCGAUGAACGCGCUCUCCCGAGACCAAUCCCAUCCCCGCCCCCACUCAAAAAAGAAAACAAAAGAGAAGUCCAGUUUGAGGCUUUAAAGCUCUGUCCGUGUGUUUUAACAAAAAUAUUAUGGUUGGGCUUGGGUUUUUUUUUUUUUUUUUUUCUGUGGAAGUUGUGUUUUGAACACCCUGUCUCCAAGACAAAAAUGGCUCUUUUAACUUUGUAAUCACAAAUUAUAUUUGGCAAGAAAGUAGAUACCAGUUUAACUGAAUUCUUUGCAGGAUGAUUACUGUAUGUAUAACGGGUUUAGUGAUUCCAAGUGCCAAUAACUUAGUCAAUUAUGUUUUUUUUUUUUUUUUUUAAUUUCAAACAGACUAUUGAAAGGCGUAUAUAUAUUUUCCAACAAGAUAUUUCCCCUAAUGAAGUUCGAGCGUGUGUAUAUAUUAGGGAUUAUUUUUUAACACUCAGAGAGCCCUAUACGUAACAAACAGUAUAUCCUCAACCUCCUGAAACUUUAGCACUUGAUGUGGUUGUGUACAGUAAAUCACUGUCGAGACCUAGUUGUUUGUAAUCCGUGGUGUGAUUCUGUGAGUUUUUGAGAAUACAAUCUUUGUAUGCAUGAGUGAGCAUGAGUGUGUGUGUGCGUGUGUGUUUGUCGCCCCUUCGUGUCUUACAAUAAUUGACUUAGUAAGGGUUUGAAGUUGCUGGACGGUACUUGUAUUCUCAGGAAUGUGGAAAGUUUUAGCUUCUGCCUCAGUCUGGAACUAGACUGCAAAGGAUUAGACAGUGAUGCUGCAAAGACCAGGGGAAGAAGUGUCAGAAAGGGUGUGGCAACUGAAUCAAAUUUGACCUAGAUUUUUUUGGUAUUUUUUUUUCUCUCCAAGUCUCUCUUGUUUCCUGUAUUGAAACAGAAGUGGAAUCCCCCAAGACGGAAGCAAAAAUAUGCUGUCCUGUUGAAGGGUGGAGGGAGCUUUCGAGUCACAGCGGCGCACAAACAAAGCGCAACCCUUUAGCUUUCCCCCUCCCCUGACUGGAGUCUACUGACUCCAUUAUACCAGCAAAUGUGCAUUUCUACUAACCAACAGCCCCGUGGUCUGCUGUAUCAUCAGUGUGUUAUCCUUGACGUCUCGUCCUUGGCCUCACAAAUCUUCAUGCAGUUCGAUUCCCUCAUCUCUCUCAGUUCUCAAACAGCAGUUGAAACCAGGAUUGGGUUCCAGGUCCAUUACAAAAAAACUAACAGCAGAAAUGGGUUUGAGCUCAGCCUGUGUGCUUCAGUGAUAAAGCCAUAUCAAACAGUAAAGCCUUGGAUUGGAGGAAGUGUGGCGGUUGGCAAAGGAGCAGCUCGAAUGUGUGUGUGUUGUUUUUUUUUUUUUUGUCUCUCGGUGUAGUAAAGAUGGUGUGAAUGGAUGAACGUGCGUUUGUGUGUGUGCGAUUAUAGCAUCUCCUUCUCUUGAUCCUACUUCUUGUAUCACUCGGGGGUGUCAGCGUUGGUUUCCCCUGGCGAUAGCCAAUCAGUUCUUGCGUUGCAGUAUAAAGGAAUAAUUGUAACUUUCAUGAAACGUCCUCCUCGGUUGAGCUUGAUGUUGUGCAAGUCUGAGGGGCAGCUCAACCUAAAUAUAUAUAUAUAUAAAUGUGUGUGUGUGAGAGUUUGGUUGUGUGUUAGCUGUCACUGAAACCCAUUAUAUUUUCAUAUGGAAGUGGAUGUGUGCCUGGGGAGAGAGGAUGGAUGCGCAGCACUGCUCACCUGUCAGUCAGGCUAUGAAGAACACGGGCACCAGCCUGCCGGACGCUUAUCACAGUAACUACGCAUCAGACAAGUCUCAAAUACUAACCCUCUGAUCAAAAAGGCCCUUUUUGUGGCAAAGCGGGGAGGAGUCGUCGUCGUCCCUGCUUUGCCCCACAAACGAGGACUCAGAGGGAUGAAACUCGGAGGGUCUUAUUAUUUGAACCAGGUCUUCCACUCGUCACGCAGCGACUAUACAGUAGAUCCUCUGUAGACUAGUUUGUGUUCAAGGUAUCACUAUAAUGGGUAGUGUUGAAAUGUUUUGUGUCACUGAUACCCAGCCCAAAGAAUGUAAAGGUGUUCUAAAAAGAGACUUAAUGGAUGUUGUAACUGUUGAUUAUUGGAAAACAUUUGACAGGCUUUGAGAUGAAGGAAAAAGAGGGGUGUAAAAUUCAAAAAAACAAAAAAAAGAGACUAUUUUUGCAAGAAUACACUUUAAAAAAAAAUAAUGUGGAAAGCAGUGGUGAUCAUCGUGAAAACCUAUGCAUGUUUCUCCAUUUAUAAACUUCUGACGACAUCUGGUUGGAUAAGAGUUCGGAAACUGUUGAACCGGGAUAUUUGAUGCGGGACGCCAUUGAUAAGACAGCGAGGUCCUCCCCUCCCUCACAGAUACACAGAUCACCUUUCCACCACACGGUUUGGUUCUAAA